AUGGAGACACCAAUAAAGCUAUGCGGUUCGUUGUUUGUACCUAAUUUUCAGGAAUUGGCUAAACAAUCACUUAUAGAAGUCCCAGCUCGAUACGUACGCACUGAUCAAGACCUGUUGAUUAACGUCUCUGGUGCGUAUGUGACAGAUCAUGCAAUACCUGUUAUCGAUUUGCAGAAUUUACCAUCUCCGGAGCCCAUCACUAGAGACUUAGAAUUGGAGAGGCUUCACUCUGCUUGCAAAGAAUGGGGUUUCUUUCGGAUGGAAAACCAUGGAGUUGACAUUUUAUUGGUGGAGAAAGUGAAAUCAGAAAUUGAAGGUUUCUUCAAUCUUCCCAUGGAUGAGAAAAAGAAAUUCUGGCAGGAAGAAGGAGAUCUGGAAGGAUUUGGACAAUCCUUUAUUCAGUCAGAAGAUCAAAAGCUAUAUUGGGGAGAUAUGUUUUUCAUGCAAACUCUUCCUCGACAUAUGAGGUGUUAA